UUGGUUUCGAAAAAGGGCUGGUUGGCUGCAAGGGAGCUGCUGCUGCUGCUGUCUCCUCGAAAUCCGACCGAGUGAGAGCAUAGUUGGUUUGAGCAGUGAGAAGGAGAGCAAGUGUGUAAAAACAGUGGGAUAAAGGUCCUCAAGUUGCAGUUGUCUAUAAACCAAUUCACUGCGAACAAGAUAAAGUGUUUCCUCACAUCAUUUAACAGUAUCACCAUCCACCAAGUUUUCCUUCAUUACACUUUAUUCGCCAACAAAACCAAACCAUCAAAUCAAUCUCAUCCUCGUUCAACGCCCAAUUAAUUUCUUGCCCAACGCACUACCACUUUCUCCACCCGCUAAAUUAAUUAUUUCGUCUUUCUUGCCAUUUUCGGAGAGAAAAUAACUUUGUUUUUCAAAGUGGUGUGUGCAUGCGGCCGGUGUAAGCAGCAUAUCUAAUUCGAAAAACCAGUGUCCUCUUCAGCAGUUUUUUUGUGAGAAACCAUUUACUGUUUCUUCAAAGGAUUACUAUUCUGAAUUACUAAUCAGGAUUCGUGGUACAUAUGUUUCAAGAAAUCAGUAGCUGAUCACGGACAAAUAAGUGUGUUUAUUUUAUGUGUGUGUAUGUGUUUUAUUUCUAAAAUAAAUGUUGAAUUUGUGGUGAAGCACAUGAAACGGAAAUUCAUAUAAAUAAUUCAAGUGGUGUUGGUCAACUAGAAAACAGUUAGAAAACAUCAAGUUGAGGAGAAAUACUUUCUCCGGUUGCGCAGCUUCGAAUUUAUAAUCAAAUUUAUUUUUGUGAUUAAACAGUGAGUUAAUAACAGCUUUAAAGUGGCUCACUGCAAGAUCCAACCACUAGGUAUACCCGAGAUGCCGCACAAAGAUUAUUAUUGGGACUCAAUGAAGAAAUUUGACACAGGGCAUAGUGGUAUAAAUCAAUUGGGUGGUGUGUACGUAAACGGGAGGCCACUGCCGGAUUCUACCCGACAGAAAAUCGUCGAGCUCGCCCAUUCCGGAGCCAGGCCGUGUGACAUUAGUCGCAUCCUCCAAGUUUCUAAUGGAUGCGUUUCCAAAAUCUUGGGGAGAUACUACGAGACAGGGUCAAUAAAGCCGAGGGCUAUUGGCGGAAGCAAACCUCGUGUCGCUACUGGCCCCGUUGUCACCAAGAUUGCCGAGUACAAGAGAGAAUGCCCGUCAAUAUUUGCAUGGGAAAUCCGUGAUCGUCUCUUGUCCGAAGGAGUCUGCACUAAUGAUAACAUCCCAAGCGUAUCCUCGAUCAACCGUGUUCUUCGGAAUUUGGCAGCGCAGAAGGAGCAGCAGAGCGGAAACCCAACGGCGGACUCGGUGUAUGACAAACUGCGGAUGUUCAACGGCCAGGCGGCAGCCGUGAGUGCGGCGGCAGGCUGGGCGUGGUAUCCGGCUGGAGCUAAUCCUGGAACAAUCGGACUCCCUCCACCCACAACUCCACUUUCCGCUCCGAUGCCACCCUCCUCGGCCCGGGAUGACCCUCACAAACGAGAAGUAAACAGCGAAGGAACCUCGGAUGGGAAUUCUGAUCACAACUCAUCCGCCGACGAAGACUCCGAGCUACGACUCCGACUCAAGCGAAAGUUACAAAGAAAUCGUACCUCGUUUACAAAUGAUCAAAUUGAAGCGUUAGAAAAAGAAUUCGAGCGUACUCACUACCCUGACGUUUUUGCAAGAGAAAGGCUUGCAGAGAAAAUUGGUUUGCCAGAGGCCAGAAUUCAGGUGUGGUUUAGCAAUAGGAGGGCGAAAUGGCGUCGGGAGGAGAAGCUGAGAAAUCAACGCCGAGGUUCAUCCGACCAUACGGCCAUUUCUCCCCCACCAACAACUGCCAGCUCUGGUCGACUCCCAUUAAACACCGGGUUCAACUCCAUGUACGCUUCUCUACCACAACCUAUCGCCUCCAUGCCAGAGUCCUACAGUUCGAUGUCGGGGAGCUUAUCCAGCAUGAGUGGCAGUUGUCUGCAGCAACGGGAGCCUGCUCAUCCUGCAGCGAGCUAUUCGUACAUGUUUGCAGACCCACUUUCAUCACUUGGAAGUUACGGGAGUAGGUCUCACUGUGGGUCAGGUCAAGGGUCUGGUGGGGUCAACUCUCACUCCUCCUAUGGUCCCAACACCCACUCGGCUCACGGAGGAGGGGGCAGUCAGUAUCACGGAGUGAUAUCCGCUGGAGUAUCUGUCCCUGUUCAAAUUCCCAGCCACGGACCAGAUUUGUCUACCAACUACUGGCCUCACCGGCUCCAAUGACAUGCAUACCAUUAGACACCUUUAGUAUAAAAUAAAUAUUCCAGCCCCACAAAGUGACUCGAAAUCAGCGGAAUCAGCAAUAUCACCAACCAGUGGAGCACGUAACGUAAUAAAUAACUUGAUGUGACAUUUCUCAGCAUACACAGCGACGGGGUCGUCUUGAAAGGGCGAACUUCCAUGGGGCUGAGGUGCAUGUUUAUGGUUGAGUUUUGGUGGGUUGGUUUUAGUGGCGUGGCAAUCCAAACCUCUGAUGUAGUAGUAGAAGAAGAGCCUUCUUCUUGUGCUAUCAAAUAAAUUCUGUACCACGGCGCAAACCGACUGGAAUACUGAAUACAAUCCAAAUCCUACCGAAACCAAUCCAGUCCAUUUUCUAAUCCUAUCAGUCUCCUUCCCUCACUUUGUGUGUGUAACUCUUUAGAACCACCACCAACCACUACCAAAUAAUAAUAAUGUCUACCAAGUGUUCCUCCGUCGAAUAUAUAUGGUCAAGUAUUUUAUAUGAUCUCAGCUUUAAUUUUAAUCCUUUUCUCUCUCACGUCCUCCUCCUCCUCCUUUUCUCUUUAUCUAUCUACGUAAUCUGCUGUAUGUACAUUCCCAGUUAAAUUAAUGGGAAAUUGCUGUUUCCAUUGCUGGACUUUAGUGCAACUCUAAAUUUGCAUCAUCCAUCUUCUUCAUUUCAUGCCAAGUUAAGAACAAUCCGUAAUGCAAUCGUCUAAUUAUGUCAUUAUUAUCGCAUAAUAUUCUUCAUCUCUUUAAUCAAAUCACGAACAUAUAUUUUUUUACAUUGAACACGUAUUGUUUCCUUAUUUGUGAGCAUGCAUGUCAAUAAAAUUGAAGGUCCAUUCCAAUCGUGGAAGUAGCGAGGAGAAAAUUUUAUAAAAAAUCAAUAAUUUCAGAUUCCAUUGUAUUGGCGUAAUAUUUAUUUGACGUGACUUGUUCAAGGUUCGGAGAACAAUAUAUAGUGAAUAUAUACCUAUGAACCCUGUGGUAGUAGUAUUAGUAUUGAACUGAACAAUUAGUUUACUCAUUAGCUAUACAUACAUACAUUUAUCGACGACAAGUUGUAAGUAAAAAGCUACUUAGUGACUGUGCAAUAAUGCAAUUGAACGCACUAUCAACCACCACCAUCAUUAUUCAUAUUAUUAAUUAUUAUAUCGUUUAUCUAGGGGGAUUAUUUAUUUAAACGGUAGCAUUAAAUAUAUAUAUAUAUGUAACUGUACCAUACUGCAUACUCCAUAUUUUAACUGUACAUUACAAUAAAUAGCCUAGUGGUUAGAAAUUUUGUUAAUUUCUUUACAUUAAAAGUAUGUAAGAAGCAUUGGUGAGUAUAGAAAUUAUUAGUAGAAUCGUAUGCAUGAGAAUGACGUGUAUUGAGAAAGUGACGAAUAUUUUGUAGCCAUUUUUCAACAAGUCCAUCAUCAUAACUGACUAGAAAAUCGAUCCCUUUGACUUUUAUUCCUCAUGAAAUGGAACAUGAGGGAAAAACUAUUCAUAGCUUCUAAUUUUUUGAAGACGAUAACGUUCCUGUCCUACCAAGAGCCAAAAACCAAAUUCACUCCAUACCGCAAAACUACUUAUGAAGUGUGGGUGAAGCAACCAAUUUUUUGCGGAUUGUACAGAAAUAAUAAAUAAAUUUCGUAUCUUUUCUGCCAAUUCAUUCUGAUGAGAUCAGCGGAAACAGGGUCAAUAUUCAUUACUAUUUAUCCAUGCGGGAGGUAACCUACAAAUAAUUCUAUAAGGAAUGACUACGAGAAAAUUAGCAUUUAUCAAUUUAUUACAUUUACUACCACACUAAAUAAAUAUGUAGUAGCGAAGCAUAAUCUUUAAAAAUAUAGUGAGUAAUAAAAAAUGAAAAAUAAUUAUACUUAAUAUUGUUGUGUAUUGAAUUAUUAAAUACGUACGCAAUUUAAACUAUGUAACAACAUGAAUAGCCGUUUAGUUGUAAGUAUUUACGUAGUAGAAGUUUGACUUGUAAGUAACGGAAGAAUAAAGAAAGUAAUCAUAACAUGUAAGUAUUAUUAUCUUGAUGAAUACGAAUGUUUUGUCGAAUCAAGUCAAGACUAUGAUGAUGAGAUAAUAUGUUAAGUGAAGUAAAUCUUUGCUAAAACAAGACUGAA